UCCCAUUAUAGGUUGUACAGCACGUAUUUUUUUUCUCUGAAAUUGUAAGGACUUUCUGUGUAAACACGUAGAGUUUUCAUCAGUGUCUGGGGCGCUCUAGAUUUGUGGAGAUAAUACUUUUACUGUGGACACACCACGCCCGGAAGUCAGGUUCUUGCUUUUGCUAGCGGACUUAACUGUUUCAAGUGAGCAGUGAACGGCCUUAUUGUAGUCCGUCAGCUUUUCGUAAUAAAUUGUUAAUCCUGCUACGCCAUGGAGUCUGGCGACGCAGGGCGAGGGACUUGGAAGUCUAAGGCUGGCCAGUCACAGAAACACAAGAUGAACCUGAAUAUUCUCCGUCAAGAGAAGCUGAUAGCUGAGAAGAAGAAGGAGAUUGAAGCCAGACUGGCAGAGCAAGCCAAAACGCAUGUACAAACCACGAACGACCCCCUGCCUUCAAGUAGUUCUCCCAGUCUACAAGGAGCUUCCUCAAACAAGUUUGCAAAUGAUGGAAGCUUCUUACAGCAGUUCAUGAAGAUGCAGAAGGAGUCCAAAAAUGUUUCUGGUUCCACCGGUGAUACCAAAACUCCGUCUACCUCAGCUUCAUCAACCGGGGGAAACGCAUUGCAAAAAAGGAGCAUUCUUGUUGGCAAGCGUCCUGGCCUUGGAGUCAGCAGCAUGCUUAGUCAGUUCAAGAACUACUCACAGUCCAAGAAGAAUCCUGUUCUCAGCCAGAGGCCAAGUGUGUUUUGUUCUCCAGAUGAUGAAGAUGAGGAAGGAGAGGCCGAUUACUCCAGAUUCUUAGAGAUAAAAGUCUCUCCCCCAGAGGAUUCAGACACCAGACUCAUUAUCAACAAGAUGGCCUCCUUUGUGGCGGAGGGAGGACCUGAGCUGGAGAAAAAAGCCAAGGAGGACUACAAGGACAAUCCUGUUUUCUCAUUUCUAUAUAAUGAGAGCAGCACAGAUUAUCUCUACUUUAAAAAAAGAGUGGCAGAAUUGAGAAAGGAUUUGCUAAGACCUGAAAAUACACCAGAUAAUGUCUCCCCCCCAGUGGACGCGGAAACCCAGCAGAUGGCUGAGAAGCUGGCCCGAUUUGUGGUGGAGGGUGGUCCUGAGUUGGAAGCCAUCGCUGCUGAGCACAACCGAGACAACCCUGCCGCCAGUUUUUUAUAUGACCACCAAAGUCCAGCCUACCAUUACUACAAAGAGAAGAUACAGGAGUAUCGUGCUGCAGCCUCCCAGAGCUCAUCACCUCCAGCAGCAAAGUUUGGGACAGAUCUUCAGCAACCAGCUGCAUCACCAUUACCAGGAAUACUUCCAACACUGAACCCCGCUUCUCUGCCCCGCAAUCAGGGGGCAGAAACUCUGCCUGUCAAACGGAAGAGAAAGAGUAGAUGGGGGUCUGAGGAGGACAAAGUUGAGUUGCCCAUUCCUGCCAUCAUAGUGCCUCAGGAGAUUAAUGUUCCAGACCUUAACACACCCUCUCUCUCUGCCCAGGAGCUGAGAGGUCUCGGUUAUAAGAAAGGGAAGCCUCUUGGCCUGGUAGGCGUGACUGAGCUAUCUGAGGAGCAGAAGAGACAAAUCAAAGAACAGCAAGAGAUGCAAGAGAUGUAUGACAUUAUCAUGAAACACAAGCGUAUAAUGGCAGACAUGCAGGUGAUGUGGGAGAAGGCCAUAAGAGACCAUCAGCAUGAAUACGACAGUGAUGAAGAGGUGGACCAGCAGGCAGGCACCUGGGAGCAUCGACUCAGGAAAAUGGAAAUGGAGAAGACCCGUGAGUGGGCAGAAUCUCUGACAGAAAUGGGCAAAGGGAAGCACUUUAUUGGUGACUUCCUGCCUCCUGAAGAGCUGGAGAAGUUCAUGGAAACUUUUAAGGCACUCAAGGAGGGCCGGGACCCAGACUACUCAGAGUACAAAGAGUUUAAGUUAACUGUGGAGAAUCUUGGUUUCCAAAUGCUUAUGAAGAUGGGCUGGAAGGAGGGUGAAGGCCUUGGCGUUGAUGGACAGGGAAUCAAGGCUCCUGUCAACAAGGGCACCACCGCUAUGAAUGGAGCAGGGCUUGGAAUUGACCGUCCAGCUGAGCUCACAAAAAGUGACGAUGAAUAUGAUGCUUAUAGAAAGAGGAUGAUGCUCGCUUACCGCUUUAGGCCCAACCCACUGAAUAAUCCACGGAGACCAUAUUACUGAUGAAGAGGGCUUUUUUUGUUUUUUUGUUUACACUUGUUAUUGUUUAUCCUAACUUAAAAGCUGUUUUCUGCAGCUGCCACAACUCUGCUCAGUGGUGAAAUGGACACUGUUGCACUAUGGAAAUUUUAAAAUUCAAAAGUGUGUAUGGAAACCAGUAGAAAGAUUGCUAGAUUUUCCCUCACUCUUUAAGUUUAAUUUGGAUUUUUAAGAAAAAAAAAUCAAAACUGUUUUCUUUUAAUAAUUGAUCCCUGUUUUGUUAUAUUUCAGUUCAAUACUGUAAUACCUUCAAAUAUAUAGACCUACAUUGCCUGACUUCCAUGAUGAUUUCACUCUUCAGUUUGUCACCAUUCUAUUCCAUAUCAAAGCUUGACUUCGCAGCUAAACAAUACUGUUGUGUAUUUCUACACAGGCUUCAGUAUAAUUCUUGCAUUGAGUAUUUUUCUUCUCUGUGCUAGAACUCAUUUUCCUUUUUUUUAUUAUAUAAAUAAUUGUUCACAAUAAAAAAAAUGCCUACUUA